AUGACCAAAACGAACACCGCAGGCUACAGAUACUACAGACUGACUGCAGUGUGUCUGGGGCUGCUGUGUGUUCUCCUGCUGACUGCCAUCAUAGUGCUGUGGAUCAAGUUGAACACCCUGACUGCAGAGAGAGACCAGUUACAGACCAGUUACAACAUGCUGACUGUAGAGAAUAACCAGUUACAGACCAUGAAAGAACUGCAGCCGAUUUGGAAGAUUUUCCAGUCCAGUAUUUAUUACAUCUCUACGGAGAAAAAAACCUGGGAUGAGGGACGACAAAACUGCAGAGACAAAGGAGCAGACCUGGUGAUCAUAAACAGCAGAGAAGAACAAGAGUUUUUAGAAAAUCUCAGCAAGAGCAAAGACGCUGGGGUUUCUAUUGGCCUGACUGAACGUGAUGAAGAAACAGUUUGGAAAUGGGUGGACGGUUCAGCACUGACCACUGCAAGGACUGCAGAGAUGACUGAAGAUUCAAGGAAGAGGAAGGCCAGCCACGUUCAAUCUGAGAGCGCAGCGUUCGCGUUUCAGAGCAGGAGGACGAAGCAGCAGCACAUUCAGUAG